UAAACUCAAAAGAAGAAGUCGUCGUCCUUCCUGGGGUACUUAGCAGAGUUAUCACGUGAGCUUCCAAUUUGACAGGGACAGCGUGCAGGACACUCCUUUUACCGGUUUACUACUGACCCAGACGAGGGAUUACAGCUGUGAAGAGACAGGAUUGGGAGCCAACAGAGUACUCCAGACUUUGCAGUGAUCAUUUCAUUUCAGAUGUGUACUUGGUCUUCCAAUAUGGCGACUACCGAAAUCUCGCGGCGCGGUGACGUCAUGCGGGAACCCUCUAUAAUAGCAGACGGGGACAUAAAUGAGGGGCGGAGCAGACACCCAAAAGCACACGAUAGUGAAAUUAUGACACGCUGGGCAAGGGUCAAAAAUGUCCAUAAACACAAAUCAACGGAUGCUGCGUCAUGGAACCAACUAAGGGCAGGCAUAACAUGGAGAGGGAACUCUUCAGACAGCCUUUUGCAGGACGAUGCAUCAGACCGUUAUCCUGAUGGGAAGAGAGUUAACAAAAAUGGACCACUUGGCAAGAAUUGGUACAUGGAUUAUCUGAAACACAAGAGGCAACCAUUACCUAAAGAACGAGGAGGAAUGGCUGCAAAAGAACAGGACAUAAGAGAAGUAGCUCUGAAAAAAAACAAAAGAAGAGAAAAUCGGAGAGUAAAGAGACAGAAUGCGACAAAGAGCAACAUGGUGUGCUUUAACUGUAGGAAGACGGGCCAUGGAUUGGCUGACUGCCCAAAAGCUCAUGAUGAGGAAAUGGGUAUAGGAAUCUGCUUUCGUUGUGGUUCUACAGAACAUGAGAUCCAAAGAUGUGGAGCUAAAGUAGACCCUGCUAUGGGUGAUUAUCCAUAUGCCAAAUGCUUCAUUUGUGAAAAGACUGGUCAUCUGUCCAAAUCUUGCCCGGAUAACCCAAAAGGACUUUAUGCUGCAGGUGGCUGUUGUCGAAUUUGUGGUUCAGUAGAACACUUCCAGAAGGACUGUCCAGACCAUCAGGCCUCAACAAAUUCCAUCACACUUGCGCGCCUGUCCAACCACAUCAGUGCUGAUCAUGAGGACAUCAAUGUUCCUGUAACACAAGUGUCCCUCAAGAAAGUCAAGAUGGUGGUGUAUUGAGCAGAGCCAAUCAAGUCUCAAAUAUUUGGCUCUGUUUUAAGAGAAAAUUGAAGUUUUUGGGAGGAGAUAUUUCAGGUAUCAUGUAUACUCACCGUCCACUUUAAUAGGACAACCUGUACAUCUGCACAUUCAUGCAAUUAUCCAAUCAACCAGUCAUAUGGCAGCAGGUGUCUGAUUGUUGUAUGGGGGGGAAUUGAAUAGUUUCUGAAAUAUUCAAACAAGCCCAAAGAUCAUAUUUAUUCUUCAUUCUAAUGUUUUGUUGUUUACAUUAACUGAAGCUAUUGAUCUGUAUUUGCAUGAUUUAAUUUGCUGCACUGCUGUCCUAUAAUUGGUUGAUUGUCUCAUUGCAAGCAUAAGCAGCCAAAGAGGUCUUGCUAUUAAAGUGGCUAGUGAAAAUAAAUAAAUAUGUGACCUAUAUUACAGCCUACCAGUCUUGUCUCUCCCUCUGCCAGCCCCACACUCCCUACAUCUGUCUCCCUCUCUCACCCUUGACCUCUCAGGUCUUGUUUAACUUGCUUGAUAGUUUUCAUUGUUAAUGUCUCAAAAUUAAUAUUCAUAAUUACAAGUACAAUUACAUUUACUUCUUUAACAAGACAUCUGUGUAGCUUUUUGUGAUGAAGUUGUAUGUUAAAUCACUGUUUCAGCUUCAUUAAACCUACGAUUCACCUUAUAAUUCUGGGAUAUAUGACCGAUUCAGAAUACUUUCAUUAAAGAUAUGUCUUAAAUAA